CGUGAAAAAACAAAGCUCUCUAAAGCCACUCCCAAAGAAAAAGUACGAAAACAGAACCCUAGUUGCGUGGAAGAGGCGCAAUUGUUUGAUUACGAAGAGAGAUUUGCAAAAGAAGAGGUAGAUUCUUCGCGCAUAUCAUCGCUGAUUAUUGAGAGGACUACAGGGAUGGGUGCUCUUGAUCAAGCUUAUAACUUGGCUUCUUUACCUUUGGAUUACUCCAGAAAGAAAAAGUCCCGGAUUGGGCGGGAUGGAUCUAAAGUUGCCGACACUCUUGCAAAGUGGAAAGAUUACAACAGCAAGCUUGAUUCUUUGGACGAUGGAGGCAAGCCAGUGCGAAAAAUUCCAGCCAAAGGGUCAAAAAAGGGAUGUAUGAAGGGUAAAGGCGGGCCUGACAAUUCACAUUGUAAUUAUAGAGGUGUAAGACAGAGGACAUGGGGUAAAUGGGUUGCUGAAAUUCGGGAGCCUAACAGAGGUAGUAGGCUCUGGCUAGGUACUUUUGGGUCUGCCCUUGAAGCUGCUCGUGCUUAUGAUGAAGCUGCCAGGGCUAUGUAUGGUACCCUUGCCCGGCUCAACCUACCUGAUAGCACUUUGUUGACAGAAUCCUCUCAUGAUUCUUCUGAAAUGCCAACUUCCUCAUUUUCAGACUCAACUUUUUCUGGCUACUCUGAGAUGAGCAUGGCUCAGGAUUCAAAGGUGAAGUUUGAUGCUCUCAGCAUUGAAGAACAUGAUGGGAAGGGGGAAUCAACAAUUGAUACAAGCACGCAGGCCAUAUUUUGUGAGGCUGGUGCACCAAUAAGCAAAAUGAAAGAGGAUGCCAAGUUCCAAGCUAGUGCACCAAUGAGUGUGGUGAAGGAAGAAGCAAAGGAAGAGCUCAUGGACACCACUGAAGGUAGUGGGUUUGAGCAGGAUUUCAUUCAGAACUUCGCCUUGGACGAAAUGUUUGAUGUUGACGAACUUCUGGGAAUUUUAGAUUCUACUCCGCAUUAUGGUUUGGCCAAUUAUGUUGAUCAAGUAGGUCGCACCGAGUACGAUAGUCUGCAAUUCGAAAUCCCCUCAGACCUAUCAUACCAGUUGCAAAAUCCCGAUGCGAAGUUGCUUGGAAGUUUGCACCAUAUGCAGGAGGCACCUUCAGGAGUUGAUUAUGGUUUCGAUUUCCUUAAGACAGGCAGACAGGAUGGCAAUUUCCCAUUGAAUGAAUUGGGAUUGUUUGACUUGGACUCAGAAUUGGGGCAUCAAGGUGUUGAGGGCUGGUGCAGGACGCAGAAUGUGCAACUUGAAUAGGAUAUUAUGGAUUUCUGUGUAGCUGGUUUGAGUUGGACUCAGAAUUGGAGCAUCAAGGUGUCGAGGGCUGGUGCAGGACGCUGAAUGUGCAACUUGAAUAGGAUAUUAUGGAUUUCUGUGUAGCUGGAUAUAAUUAAGCUUGGAUAUGGAGGAUUUUGUUGUGGGUCUUUCAGAUUUUUUGGAUCUUAUUUGUUAUGGUGGUCUCUUAGUGUCUUAGGAGCUGGGUUAGAUUCUAAAAGACACCAAGAGUGUAAUAAGUCAUAUGAACGUGGUAUCUGUUCUUUUUGUACUUCAACUCUUUUUUUGGGGAUCUAAUUGGUCUUGUGAGCUGAUUCUCUCUGGGUUUCAGAUUUUAGAGAUCUCAGCCAUGACACUUGUUGUUUUACCAACAAAAUGUGGUGUUGUAACUAGGUCAUUUGCUCACCACAAGUGGUCCUAGUGUGCCGGAGUGGACACAUUCUUUUUUGUAUAUAUGAGAGAAAACCAUUGUUAAGUGACUUGUACAGUGUGAGAGUUUAUCAUACCUUUGUAAAUAAAGUUAACUUUUACAGUGAUCCGUAAGUUCCCGAGUGAAUGCUUAUAAACUUCCUUUUUGGCAGAGAGGGCUUCAUGACCCUGAACU